AUGGCACAAGAGCUUCCUACAGUCCGUUGGGGCAUCGUCGCAACUGGCAUGAUCUCCAACUGGUUUGUCAGCGACCUCCUCCUCCCAUCCUGGCCGAAUAAACGUGCAAACCACAUAAUCCAAUCUAUCGGUUCAUCCUCAAUCGCUAAGGGACAGAAGUUCUACGAUGAAUACGUUCACCCGAACUUAUCCAACAACUCUGGCAUCACUCCUAAAAUUUAUGCUUCAUACGCAGAAGUCUACAAUGAUCCCGAUGUGGAUGUAGUCUAUAUUGGAACACCACAUAGUUUUCAUAAGCAGAAUUGCAUAGAUGCCAUUAACGCAGGAAAAAAUGUUCUGUGUGAAAAGGCGUUUACGCUGACUCAAGCGGAUGCGAAGGAAGUUACUGCUCUGGCGAGGGAGAAGGGUGUGUUUCUGAUGGAGGCGAUGUGGACAAGAUUCUACCCACUUGUUAAAGAGUUAAGACGAUUGUUGUACGAAGAGAAGGUCAUCGGACAGGUCUGGCGCACAUUUGCCGAUUUCGGGUUAUCAUACGAUGUGGCCAGCCUGCCUGAUAGCAGCAGACUGAAGGAUUUAAGCAUGGGAGCCGGGUCGCUCCUGGAUAUUGGAAUCUACAGUCUCACUUGGGGCCUUUUGACUCUAGAAGAAAAUGUCGGCAAGGGUGAACACCCAAAGGUCCUGGCAGCUCAAACUUUACAGGGUGGUGUCGAGACAUUGAGUAGCUGGAUCCUAAGUUAUCCGUCAACGGGCAAGCAUGGGAUAUUAACCUCGACAACAAAUGUCAGAACGGAAAAAACCUUUGCGAGAGUAGAGGGUAGUAAGGGUUUUAUUACUGUUCAGGGUCCCACAUCGUCGCCUGAGAGCUUUAUAGUGAAGUUGCAUGAUGAAGAAGGCGAAGGAAAGCUGUAUGAGUUCGAGAAACCAGGGAGGGGCUUCUACUGGGAAGCUGACGCUGUAGCCGUUGAUGUUGCAAAUGGCAGAAAAGAGAAUGAGACGAUACCACUGGCAGAGACAGAGAGGGUUAUGGGCAUCUUGGAUGAGAUUCGAAAGCAGGGUGGAGCAAGAUUCCCUAGUGAUACCUUUUAG